AUGGUGCCAUCAUGGCCGAGUGGCUACAUAGCUCUUGAUUGGGUGGAAGGGAUCGAGGCUCGCUAUCAGUACAAUUCACUCGAUGAAUUCUCCGUUCUUCAAGUUCUCAAAUACAUUGCUCUGAUGAAUGCAAAGACUUUUGAUCAAAAGCAGCUCGAAGACGUUUUCCCGUUGAACAUCCGAGAAUCAAUGGAUGGGAAAUUCAUCAACAGCAAGAACAACGCUGAACGCCUUGAUAAAUAUUUGGAGCGUUGCCCAGAGCGAAAAGAUCAAAUCGAAAUCUUCAAAAACUUUUCGAAAAUCUAUGAUGAGCCGGAGAAAGUGCAAAGGCUGAGAGCAGCUUUGGCUUACAACAAGAAAGCGUUGACACACGGCGAUUUGACUCAACAAAACGUUUUCUGGCGGAGGGAUUCGAGUGGGAAUUUGGGAUUGGUCGCAAUUCAUGAUUGGCAAGCCACGCAUUUCGGCAAUCCACUCGCCGAUCUCGCUCGCUUUCUUGGCAUCGCUUUGUCGCCAAAUGAACUCAAAGACAAUAUAAAUCACUACUUGGAAUUCUAUUUUAAAGAAUUCACCUCAAAUCUUCCUGAAGAGAUCAAAAAUCCGUGGCAAGACUUGGAAGAUUUUAUCUCAUGUUUCGAGCAAAUGUUUUGCCUUGUCACCACCUCUUUAAUCUCAAUUCUCAUCUCGUUUGGGCCAUUGGUGACAAGAACAGCUGAAGAAACAGAAAAGCCCGCUCGCGAGAAAGAAUUCAACGAGAAAGUCGACUCGAUCGCUGAUUAUUUACAGAAAUGUAUCGAGAAAUGGUUUCACUCAAAUAAA